AUGUCAUCCAGGGCCCUGAAGAGACUCGAGAACAGGCCCACAGCAGCGAACGAGCCCGAAGAAUCCGACCCAUGGGCCGACCCGGGCGGCACCUUCGCGCACCUGCCCGAGCGCUGCAAGGGCCCGCCGAGCGGCAGCAAGGAGGCCGACAGGGUCCUCGGGCUCCCCGGCCAGCCGCCGCGCGUCAAUUUCCGGCAGUACUCAGGGUACGUGACGGUGAACGAGGAGCACGGCCGCGAGCUGUUCUACUACUUCGUCGAGUCCCCCUACGACGCCGCCUCCAAGCCGCUCAUCCUCUGGCUCAACGGAGGGCCAGGAUGCUCGUCGCUGGGGUACGGGGCGAUGGAGGAGCUCGGCCCCUUCCGUGUCAACCCUGACGGCACCCUGAGAAGGAACAAGCACUCCUGGAAUAACCUGGCGAACGUAAUCUUCCUGGAGUCGCCGGCCGGCGUCGGGUUCUCCUUCUCGAGGAAUACCACCGACUACAACACCGUCGGCGACCGGAGGACCGCCGAGGACGCGUACGUCUUCCUGGUCAAGUGGCUGGAGCGGUUCCCCGAGUACAAGGGCCGCGACUUCUACAUCUCCGGCGAGAGCUACGGCGGCCACUACGUCCCGCAGCUCGCCACCGUCAUCAUGUCCAUGAACCGCUACCCGGCCCUGCUGCCCCGCAUCAACCUCCAAGGCAUCUUCUUCGGCAACCCGUUGCUCGACGACUACCUGAACGGGAAGGGGAACCUGGAGUUCCUGUGGAGCCACGGCGUGAUCUCCGACGAGGCCUGGGCGAGGAUCCUCGCCAACUGCACCUUCACCGAAUCCGACGACUGGCCGUGCUUCGUGGCGGCGCACUCGUUCCAGAAAGGAAACAUCGAUCGCUACAACAUCUACGCCCCGGUCUGCCUGCAGGCGCGCAACGGCACCUACUACUCCAGCAGCCACUCGCUGCCCGGCUACGAUCCGUGCAGCUACCACUACAUCGAGCCGUACCUGAACAACCACGCGGUGAAGAAAGCUCUGCACGCUCGGGUCGACAGGAAUUGGACAGGUUGCAGUGAAGACUUGGCCUGGAACGAUGCCCCAGAGUUCAUGGUGCCGAUCAUCAAAAGGCUGAUCAAUAACGGGUUGAAAGUAUGGAUCUAUAGUGGUGAUUUUGAUUCUGUAUGCUCACUUACGGCGACGCGGUUUUCUGUCAAUGACCUCAAUCUAACCAUCACGAACAAGUGGCGCCCUUGGUACACCCCUGACAGCGAGGUUGGAGGCUAUGUUCAGCAGUACCAAGGAGGCUUCACGUUCGCGUCAGUGAGGGCAGCUGGUCACUUGGUCCCUACUUUCCAGCCUAAGAGGUCACUUGUCCUUCUCUACGCUUUCCUGAAGAACAUGCUCCCACCUGCUGACAUCCCAAAGUGA